AUGGCAUCCAUCGGCCCCCAACUCCCUCCCCAUCUCCAAAAGCGCAAACGCGACUCCAAAGACGAAGAGUCAGCCUCUCCUCCGACCAAGAUAUCGCGACCAGACAGCAACCCAGACGAACUCCCACUUGAUGAUGAUGAUGAUGAUGACUCCGACAAUGACUUUGGGCCCAGUGCACCCAAUCCUAAUCGCCCAUAUUCUGCAUCUAGCAUUGGCCCAUCUGCUGCACCACCGCGACCAUCAAUAGGCCCUUCCCGACCACCCAAUCCAUCGGAGGAAGACGAAAAGAGUGUUGCAAAGCCCACCACACAACCGAUCGGUCCCUCUCUUCCACGACCACCACCCACAACGACGAACAUCGAUGAAAUUCCCCUCGAAGAUUCAGACGGUGAUAAUAUUGGUCCUGCCGUAGGAUCAUCAAUAGGCCCAACCGCACCUCCCGCCUCCGCCGCUUCUGCUGCUCCCAAGCGUAUCUACGGCCCCGCCUUUCCACCCGCCGACCUCUCUGAGCGUCCAACCACGGAUCCCAAUGCCGACUCAGACUCCAACUCAGACUCGGAUUCAGACGAUGGCUACGGCCCCGCCCUCCCCGGCUCACGACCAGCCGCCAGCUCAAAGAAUAGCCACGGCAGUGGUCCCCACUUCCCUUCCUUCGCCCAGCAACAAGAUCGAGCCGAAGAACUUCAAGCCCCCAAGCGCGACGACUGGAUGAUCGCACCGCCUACCAGUAGUAGCUACCGUGCCCCAGACCCGACAAAGCUCAAGUCGCGCAAGUUCGCUAGCGGGCGCUCUGCCGCCACGGAAAAAUCAAGCGGAGUAAGCAGCAUAUGGACGGAGACGCCUGAAGAAAAAAUCAAGCGGUUGGCAGCGGCGGUGCUGGGUCGGGAAGACCCGUCAUCUACUGCCGCCUCUUCCUAUCCCUCUUCAAAAACUGCCUCUGUCUCAAACACUGUCGGGCCAAAAAACCUGGAUGAAGAAAGGGUCCGUUCCUAUACUGAACAAACGCGGGGACGGAGUCUAGUGGAGGAACACCAAGCUGCCAUUGCGGCGGGAAAGAAGAAACUGACCUCGAGUUCUUCUGCGCCUAGCAGACCGGCGAACAAGUAUGGGAAGCAGGAUGUUGAUGAUGAAGAUGACCCGAGCAAGCGGGCGUUUGAUCGGGAGAAGGAUAUGGCGGUUGGAGGCAGGAUUAGCCAUACGCAGAGGAAGGAUCUGUUGAAUCGCGCGGCGAAUUUUGGGGAUCGGUUUCAGUCUGGGAAAUAUCUAUGA